GAUCUUAUCCCAAAAAAAAGUUCAUUGGUUGGUCUGUUAAAGCAAAAAGCAUCACAUUCCAUAUUUAGUAUUAUAAUAUGUGUGUCAUUGUUUUCUUAUUACGAUAUAGUUCUCACAAGUUUUCUUUGGAUGGAAGAUGUAUGGCAAACAUGGAUUUCUUCUUUGGAAAUGGAUGGUCACUCGUUGGAUGAAGAUAGGUUUGAUAUAGAGAAUGUGCAAGAACCAAGUUGUUUCAUUUCUCAAGAAUAUUAUGAUGCUAAUUCACAACAAACACCAUCUCAAUACCUUAUGUCUUUUGAAAACUCAUCUAUGGAACCUUCUUCUAAUAGUGCCAUGGCUACAUGUUCUUCCAUCAUGGAUCUAAAAACAACAGCAUUGAAUCACAGUGAGAGUAGUGAGUUACCAAAAGUAAUUAAGAAAACAAACAAGAAUCGUAGAACUUCAUCUGAGAUACAAGAUCAUAUCAUGGCUGAGAGAAAAAGGAGACAAGUUAUUAGUGAGAGGUUCAUAGCACUUUCUGCCACCAUUCCUGGAUUGAAGAAGACAGAUAAGAUCUACAUACUUGAAGAAACUAUCAAUUAUGUGAAACAACUUCAAGAGAAAAUAAAAGAGCUGGACAAUCAAAACACAAUGAAAAAUAAAGAUUCAGAGAUACUCAUCAAGAAAUCUCAAGCUUGCACAAAAGAGAAUGAUAAUGAUGAGCAUAAAGAUUAUUCCAAGAAAGAACUACCUAAGGUUAAAGCAAGAGUGAUAAAUAAGGAAGUUAUGAUUGGAAUCCAUUGUGAGAAACAAAAGAAUAUUAUGGUCAAAAUAAUGGGCUUGCUUCAAAGUCUUCAUCUAUCACUUGCUAGUAGUAGCAUAUUGCCAUUUGGAACUUCCACUCUUAAAGUUACAAUCAUUGCUCAGAUGAAUGAUAAAUAUUGCAUGAACGUGACUGAUCUAGUUAAAAAUCUGAGGCAUGAUCUUUCCGAAUUACGUGACAACCAGAAUAAUAUUUUUGAGAGGACUACAUAGAAACUCCAAUAUGUUAUUGUUUGUUUUGGCUUUAAAGUUUGUUGAAAACUGUAUUUGGUUUCUUUCAUUAAAUUAAAGAUAUUGAUGAGUAUUUGUUUGUAAUGAGAAGGAGAGAUGUACUUUGAAAGGUUUGGUGAGCUUAUGAUGUAGAAAACCAUAUUGAAAAUGUUAUGCUUUUUUUAA